GCGGCGGCGAGUAGGUAUGCAGGCAACACAAGCAGUCAGUCAGUGCUUGCUUUCGAGAGUUCAGGCUAGCGAAAGGUGGCUUAGUUUCCUAGCGAAUGCCGAGCUGCCAAGUCGUGGCAAUUCUAGUUCUCUCACCAGCAUCGAUAGUGGUGGUGGGUCCGGUCCUCCAUUAACGGUAUUGUGUUUGAACAAGUGCCUCUAUAUCCCGGUUUCAAGCGCUCUCACCUGAGCACAUGGCCUAUUCAAAUUUCGGCGGAAAAUAUCUACAUAUGCUCACGUCAUCUAAGCAUAGAUUUUGAACGAAGGUGACGGGAUCGGGCAUCAUCGUUAGGGAAACCCCACUGAAUCAGUGUAAUAAAGUCGUGAGCUACGUGUGUCGUUCACGAGCGAAGUUCACCUCGCAAAGGAAAAUUAGUUUCAAUGACAGAGAAUAGUGAAUUGAGUGGAAUGCAGUUGUGGUGAUUGAAUGCAAUUUCGAAUGCAUUUGUAAGCCAUAAUCGAUCGCGCAACAAUCAGUGAUGCCUUUCGCCGAAGUCAAGUGUUCCACCCGAAAAACGCGCCUUGAGUUGCACCGUCACUCCAGUGGGUAGAUGCAAGAUUCAUGUAAUCAACGGCGACGCUCCGAUGGUGAAUGAAAGAAGAGGAAAAUAAUAAUUGCCACGUUAAAUAAUUUUUCCGAGCGCACCGACCGAGACGAAUAGGCUAGAAAAUAAAGUGUGCAGUUUUUCGUUAGUGAGCUCUGGUGAAGUGCCUUUGAGGAGUAAAAGUUUGUGCGGUUUCGCGUUUUCGGCCAAUUCCCAGCGCAACUCCGGGGAGCGUCCAUUUUUCGGCUGCCCCUGCCCUCCGGUGGUCAAGUGUGUCGAUUCGACUGUUUUUUGGACUGGUGAAAAUGUGCCUUCGGAGCGUGUCCGAUCGAAACCAGCUGAUAUUGGCCAACUGUUGUUGCAGCGUCGGCGGCGGUGCAGUCGAGUAAUUGUGUCUCUAAUUCCCCCAAAUCACACUCUCUCUCGCGGUGGUGGCAAUCAUCUGUGCAGUGUCUAGCGCAGAGAAACGUACCGCGAGGGAAAAUCCACCCCAGGCCCCGUCAAGGCCUGAUAGCAGCAGUACUGACUGGCAAGUGCGAUUACUAAGGAAGAUCGCUACGCCAAGAAGAGGAAGCGGCAACCCACAACAACAAUCUGUUCAAACAUUUACACAACCAUCCGAGCGAGCGAGCGAGCGAACGAGCAGCAGGUCCCUCUGUUGAGUCGGAAGAAAACUCGAGACUGAUUGAGCCGAAGUUCCGUGGAGAAAACACGGUCCAUAUCUGCGAGGCGCAACGAUGGAUAGCGUUAUGAGCGAUCUGCUACUGAACCCGGAGGAGUGGCCCUCCAAUCCGGACGACUUCAUGGACCUGUUCCACAUGGACACGAACCUGUUGUUCAACGAUGGUUCUGCCGGGUCGGUUGGCGGAUCGGACGACAUCGCGUCCAGUUUGCUCAACAAUCUGCAGAAUGUGUGGAUGAGUGGGGAACUGGGCGGAUCGUUAAACGACGGCGGAGUAGUUGAUGGGAUCGACCUGCACGGUCAGGUCAUGUCGCCAUCGUCGUCGCUCGGGUCCGAUCAGGAGUUUCAUGGGUUCCCCAAUGGUAACAGCAGUGGAAGCAGUAGCAACGGUUUUGAGGAUGACUUUAUCAGCGGGUCACCUCAUGCCAUGACUGGUGCCGCCAGACCGAACGUUAAGAUGGAAGUGGACGAAGCCAUGAACGAGUUUAGCGCUUUCGAGCGAAACGUCGAGCAGCAGGCCCUCUCGUCGGCCGCAUCGGACAGUGGACUUUCGAGCGAUAAUUUGGAUUUUGACCCAACCGUAGACUACGAGGCCCUCAGUCCCGCCAUCUCAUCACCCGGACCAUCCAUUAGCGAACGUGGCGGAUUGAAUUCUCCACCUCGCUAUGUCAAACAACCGAUUCAGCAACCAAUCCAAAAGCAACAGAUCGUAGUUCAACAACCGGUCCAACAGCAAACGCUUGCUUUACCGGUGACCGCAACUCCUCCGUCGGCCGCGACAUCAACCCUAACUAAAAAUGGCAAGGUGUACCAAACGGUCAAAACUGUUGUUACCAGCAGCGGUACGCAGAACCGGAAGAACCCCACAAAGGUUAUCGUUGAAAAGGUUACCCCAGAAUACGAUGCCGGUACGAUACUGAGCAAGGAUCAACUGCACACGACAACACAGCUGGCCAACGGAAAGGAAGUCAAAAUCUAUCGCGUUGCAUCGCUGAAGAACGGUCAAACGGUAAACGUUGCUUCCGGUGCCAAUGCCAACAAAAAAGUUACGUUGCAGCUCAAAAAUGGAGCUUCUGCUAAUACGGUUGCAACUAAAACCGGAGGCACGGUUUUCCUGAACAACAAAAGUGUGGUUUUGUCUUCUGCACCGGGAAACGGCCAGACAGCAGUUCGGAAAUUUAUUCGCGUUCAGCAACAGCAACAGCACAAUGGACGUCCGAUCUUGGUUCCGGUUUCGAUCCAGGACUUGCGUACCAUCAAAAUCGUGAACUCGGCCAAUCUGAAGCCCAAAUCGGCUAAUAUCAAAUUGGCCGCGGCCAACCUGCUGCAGCAAUCGAAGCAAGGGCUGAUCCAGAAGAACGUUGUCCUCUCCAAGGAGCAACUGAUGGUGGAUGACAGUGAUGCGGCGCAAACUUCGGACAGCGAGAGUUUCGUGUUCGAGGACAUCAUGCAGCAAAGCAGCUCGGUAAUUGAACAGGUGGAGCGCCAGCAGAAACAACAGCAGCAGCAGUUGUCCAGCGAUUCGGAUGCCGACAUGGACCAGGAUGACGAUUUGGAUGGGGACGACGAUAGCUUGACCGGCGGAUCGAAACAGAAUGCAUCCGGAGGUUAUCAGAAGCUGGUGUUGACGACGGAGGAGAAACGCUUGUUGGCCAAGGAAGGCAUUAGCCUGCCCACGAGCUAUCCGUUGACCAAGCAUGAGGAGCGGGAACUGAAACGGAUUCGACGAAAGAUUCGCAACAAGAUUUCCGCUCAGGAUUCACGCAAACGGAAGAAGGAAUAU